AUGCUGGACCUCUCCGCCUUUGUUCGUUCUCGACUGUUACUGGCGACGGGCGCGAUCAUUCUUUUCCUCUUCACCUUCCGCGCGUUGAACGAAUCUACCGCCUUACGACCGUAUCUGUCUUCCGAAUCCUCACAGCCAGCAGCGGGGCAGUCCAGCUCAGACCCAGUGUCUAUAAUAUACGACCCCAGACCAGAGUGGAGCGGGCGGCCCGAUGUCGCCAAAGUGUCGAUGAUGUAUGGAGAGAACGAGUUGUAUGACCGGGCGAUUGAUACGCAUCUUCGACAUGCGCAAAGGCAUGGCUAUCCGGCGUAUGUGCUGAAGAAGGAGUUGAUAACUGGGGUGUGGAACAAACUACUCUAUCUCAUCCAUGUCAUGGUCGCAGAGAUGCACCGGGGCGAGCAGGGUGCGAAAUGGAUCAUGUGGUUCGAUGCUGAUUCCGCAGUCAUCAACCCAGCCCUGCCGCUGUCCAUCUUCCUCCCCCCCGAGGAGUGGUCAGACAUUCACCUGUUGGCGAGCAAAGAUCAGGCCGGUUUCAAUGCCGGCAUGUUCUUGAUCAAGAUCAACGACUGGUCCAUCCGGACGCUCGCACAGGCCAUGACCUAUGAAUGGCACAAACCUGACAUCAAGCUGGAUUUCCUCGAACAAACUUCUUUGUACCACGAGCUCAACCACACCGCGAAUCGUGAACACGUCCUUUAUCAACCCCGAAAAUGGUUCAACACGUACGAAUUCCAUCAUGCUUACGAGGGCGAGAAGGGAGACAUGAUGGUUCACUUCCCUGGCCUACAGGAAGAUCGCUGGAAUCACAUGGCCACGUGGUUGGAGAUUCUCGAAGGACCAGGACAGAAAGAAUGGGAGGUUCCACUUGAGCAGACUAGAUACCCCAAGCUCAUUGCCGAAUUCUGGGAGACUCUGAAAUCUGGAAAGACAACGCUCGAGAACGGCAAACAGCAAAUGAAGCAAUCCGACGAUGCGUCAUCAGAGUUGGCCGGUGCCGUGGCACAUCUAGAGACUGUCAUGUGGUCGGAAACUGAUCAGCCGGAUGCUGUGACCGGCGCUGUUUCGGAAGUGCAGCAACAUAUGGCGCCAUUGACUAUUGAUGGGAAGGCUGCCAACACCGAAAUGAGGAGUGAUUCUUUUUGA